CUCAAAAUUCAAAAUGGCGGCCGAGGUCGCUGAGAUAUUGAAGAAAUGCGCUUUGAAGAUAACGACGUCGAAGACGAAUGACCGGCUUGGUUUGUGCGAGUCUGUUCUUGUUCCUUGUAUCGAGAGAGACGAUUUUUCUGAACCAUGUGUCAAGGUAGCUUUCAGACUUUUGUUUGCAGUUUACAGUGAUUACAGUUGUAUUCAAGGUUUAAAGGCAGUUAAGUACUUCUGUGCCACAUUUUUGGAUCUGGAGAAUUACAUCAAAAAGUGUUAUCACAGCCCAGUAACCAGUGGUAAUAUUUUAAUACUGUUCAAAUGGACCUGUAUAAUACUGAGAAGAGUCUAUACUAAAGCAGAAAAAUGUCAAGGGUCAGAAUGGAAUAAGCUGGUUGAGUGUCAUUAUUUGGCCACUUAUGGUGCCUUGUCUGCCGGUAACACCACAGUCUGUAAAGUAGUCAAUAAGAAGUUGCUUGCCAUCUGGAAAGAGGUUCCAGGUAUUACUGAAAAGUAUGCCAAAGCAAUCAGUGAGCUUGAACCUUCAGAGUUCUCCCUUUGUCUAGCUGGUGAACUGUUUACAUACUGCUCUAAGAACAAGUCAGAACAAGGCAUCAUUGCAAAAUACAAGAAACCUUUGAUUGAUGUCUACAUCAAGAAUAUCCUUACCAUUAAGACAAAGCAAUCGACACCAGUGUUGUUACAGUGUUCAAGGUUUUUAUGCCAUCUGGCACGGGAGGACUUCAGUGAUCUAAUCCUACCAGCUCUUCUCAAGGCCCUGCUAAGAAAUCCAGAAACAGUUCUUGAAUGUACUGGCUAUUUGAUAUCUGCUGUAUCUAUUGACUUAUCCAAGUAUGCUGUCAAUAUUUGCAAAAAUGUUUCAGGUCAGCUGAGAGUCAAAGAAGACAUCCACAGGCAGCAGUCUGCAUUUAUUGUCAAAGGGUUGGCAGAUCAUUGCAGCGAUCCUAAUGAAAUGACUGAACUUAUCAAGUACUUGUUUGAUGUCUUGGGAGGUUCAGAAGGAAAGCUGACUGUAUGGAAUGACAGAGUAGCUAUCCUGGAGGCCAUUGGGUAUCUUGAAGCUAAUUCUAUCGGCAAUAGUUCAUCUAUGGAGAACCUUGUCAAUAUUGUUGUAGAGAAAAUGAUUCCUUAUAUGCAGCAGGAAGUACAAGAAGCUGCCGUAGUCAAUGCCUUGUCAGUUCUUGCGCUGUGGUGUAAGCACAUCACUUCUGAAGUACCCAAACUGUUGAUUGAAGCAUUUAAGAAAGGGAUGAACAACAAGGUCUCAACAACAGCAGUACAAAGUGGAUACAUCCAGUGCAUGGGUGCUGCUCUUAAAGGAAAUACUUUGUUGCAAGGGAUUGAAGUUCUUCCACAGCUUCUCCAGGCUGUGGAACGAGGCGUCAGUCAACCACAUCAGACAGCAACAGUAACAGCUGGUCUGAUGGCAUCAUCUAUUCUUGUCAGGCUGUCAUUAGUGGAUAUUAAAGCAGAGUCUAAACUCAGUUCAUUCUGGACUAUGUUUCUGGAUACAAAGAAAAUGUUAUUUGUGUCUGAUAAAUUUCUCCAGGCUGCCUCACCUGAAGCAUUGCAAGCCCUUCUUUCUACCAUUGAGACGUUAUUCAUCAGUCAUUCACAGAGAAUGAACAAGUCUAACAGGCAGCCGUGGUAUCAUGCCAUCAUAUAUCUGAUGACUAAUUCAAAUAGAAAGCUUCGUCAAGAUGUUCAGACAUUUCUACACAAGCUAUAUGUUAGUGCAGGAACAGAGGCUUUGGAUCAUCAGUCUUCGUUGCUGGAAGAAUUCUCUUCUCUGUUWGAUGAACAGCAGAUUACAUCAAAGAUUUCAUCAUCAUCUGGUUUAACCAAUGGCACAACAGAUGGGCCUAUAACCAAUGGUUCUGAUGCAGCUUAUUCCACCUCAAUACCAAGCAAAAUUCUGGUCAAGACUUUGAUGUUGCUUGGGUUAGGACCAUUCAAGAGUGACCCCACACUUGAUGAGCAAACAAGAGAGAAUAUUGCUCUUUCUUUCCUGUCAUACUGUCAUUAUACUGUGAUAGUAUCCUACAAGAAAGACCUAUGGAUUCACAUCCUUUCUGAUCUAAAGCUCGACGUCAGUUCAGUUGUAGAGAAAUACCAACAAGAAAUCAUGAACAAGAUUGUAGACCAACCAAACCAAGAGGUCUCGCAGAACAUUGUAUCGACCAUAGCAGCAGCAUCACCCAUGACCCUACCUGCUUUGGUUACCCAUCUCAUCACAUGCCUGUCGGACAGCAAGUACACCCAAGUGACGAGAGAAGAAGUAGAGAUCAUGGAAUCACCUGAUGGUGAAAUAUGUAACAAGAAAGUACUUGAAAGCUUAAAAGCAUCAGAACAAUCGAGAACAAAAAAUGUCAAGAAAGAAUCGAAAGCAUAUGCAUACGAAGACCAGAAAUGGUCCAUGGAGUAUGAGGAGGAACUGAAGAGAAAAAAGAAAGCAGCAGGAUUGAUAUCCUUCAGAGAUGGGCUGAGCGAUAAAGACAAAGAGACUUAUGACAAUCAGUUAAGGAUUGAGGCAGAAAUCAGGGCAAAGACCAAACAGACCAAACAAGAGUUGACAAACUUGGUAGCGCUGUUGCUGAAAGCCAUCGAGUCAAAUCAAGCGGCCAUGAAGAAAUUCAUCCCUACCAUCCUCCCUGUACUCUUGUCUCUUCUUCAAUCUCCUCUUGCCGCCUCUUCUGCUGUUCCUGUUGUUUUGGCACUCAGAAAGUGUAUCUUUAACGAAGAUAAUAAUCAACUUGGAACCCUUGUAUCUCAUGUAACUUUACGACUAUUACGACCCCAAUGUGACCUCAAACCCAGCUGGUGUCAAGAGAGCCUCCAAUCAGCUGCUUCUCGUGCAGUCAUUGGAUUACACCAACUGACUUCACCCAGCUCCCCUGAAGAUCAAGACAUGAAUCCCCUCUCAGCACCUGGCUUCACCUAUUGCUUCCCUAUGCUCAACUGCAUUCUCCGAGCUGGUGGUAAAGCUGUUGGUUGUGAUGAAGAUCUCAGGACAAUAGCCUUGCAAGUCAUAUCAUACCAUUGUCAGUUGAGAAGCAUCGAGGAAAAUGAAGAAGAAGAUGAGAGUGGCCCAGCAUUGUUACCAAGAAAAGAAAUGUUCACGUUAUUUAAUGAGAUUAUUUCUACCAGUUCAGACAGCAUCAAGGGCUCUCAUCUCCAGCAACUGGCUUCAUCUUGCCUCUUGGAGCUAUGUAAGUCAGCCAGUGGAGAGGACGGCUGUACCGUGGCUGAACCAGAAGAGUUAGAGGUUCUUCUAAAGGGACUGGAGUCUUCUGCUUCUGUACUGCGAUUCUCGGUCCUCAAAGGACUUCUCAACAUGAGCAUGAUCUUGCCUGGGAUUGAAGAAGAAACAAGUCUUUCAGUCAAUGUUUUACGAAGACUUUCGGUGGCAAAGUUUGAUCCAGACGAAGAAAAUGCUUCUCUUGGACAAAAGUUAUGGGAAGAGUCUCAUUACUCUGUAAUUGAGUCGUUAUGUAGUGAUUUGCUGCAGGAUAUUGUACAUGAUGUAGGUGUGAUACGACAAGCUGCCAGCUCAGCUCUAACAGAAGCUGUAUCUCAACAUCCUUCAGUUGCAACCUCUGUACUUCAUGAACUGAUUGAACUUUAUGAUGAAAAAAUUAAGAUUCCUGCUCCUAUCGUAAAUGAGCUUGGUCGAGUAAUUUCUGACCCAUUCAUUGAUCCAUCGGCAGCAAGAGCAGGAAUCGCCCAAGCACUUGGUAAACUAUCGCCCUGCCUGGACGAGGACCAGAUUCCUCCUCUCUUUGCAUUCUUCGUUCCUACUGGUCUCGGUGAUCGAAACAAAGAGGUCCGUAAAGAAAUGCUCAACGCUGCACUCCAAGCAGUCAACGACCAUGGCAAGGAUAACAUCUCCAACUUGUUGCCAGUCUUUGAAGAAUUCCUAGACAUUGCUGACGACACUAGUGAGCAUGACAUGAUACGACAAUCUGUUAUCAUCCUGAUGGGAUCCUUAGCCAAACAUCUUGAUAAAGAAGAUCCUAAGGUCAAACCAAUUGUUAACAAGCUGAUCAAGGCUCUCUCCACGCCGUCACAACAGGUUCAACAAGCUGUUGCUAACUGUCUACCACCUUUGGUCCCUGCUAUCAAAGCUGAGGCACCAGAACUCGUCAAGACGCUUCUGAAUCAAUUAUUGGAGUCCACUGCGUAUGGUGAACGUAAAGGAGCAGCGUACGGGUUAGCAGGUCUCGUAAAAGGACUCGGAAUCCUGUACCUCAAACAGCUAAACAUAAUGACAACGCUACAAGAAGCCAUACAAAACAAGAAGAACUACAGACACCGUGAAGGUGCGCUGUUUGCAUUUGAGAUGCUGUGUACGAUGCUUGGGCGACUCUUUGAACCUUACGUCGUCCACGUGUUGCCACACCUACUGCUCUGCUUUGGAGACGGCAAUCAGUUCGUCAGAGAGGCAACUGACGACACUGCCCGUGCUGUAAUGAAACAUCUCAGUGCUCAUGGAGUCAAGCUUGUCCUUCCUUCUUUACUCUCAGCCUUGAAUGAGGAUUCCUGGAGAACCAAGUCAGGAAGUGUAGAGUUACUAGGUGCUAUGGCGUACUGUGCUCCCAAGCAGCUGUCUUCUUGUCUGCCUAGUAUCGUACCGAUGCUCUGCAAGGUACUCACAGACUCACAUCAGAAGGUACAAAAGUCUGGUGCCCAGGCCCUCAGGCAAAUUGGCGCCGUCAUAAGGAACCCCGAAAUUCAAGCUAUUUCAUCAGUUCUACUUGAAGCACUCAUGGACCCGUCCACCAAGACCGCUCGCUGUCUACAGGUCUUGCUACAAACAUCUUUCGUCCACUUCAUUGAUGCUCCAUCUCUCGCUCUUAUCAUGCCUGUUCUUCAACGUGCAUUGAAUGAACGCUCUACCGAAACUAAGAAGAUGGCGGCGCAGAUUAUUGGCAAUAUGUACUCGCUCACAGACCCAAAGGACCUGUUGCCUUACCUCUCGUCUGUCGUUCCUGGCUUAAAGCAGUCUUUAUUGGACCCAGUACCCGAGGUACGUGCAGUGUCCGCCCGUGCUUUAGGUGCUCUAGUCAAAGGAAUGGGCGAAGAACACUUUGAAGACUUGCUACCUUGGUUAAUGGAGACGCUGACGUCCGAGAACAGUAGCGUGGAUAGGUCUGGUGCAGCACAAGGUAUCAGUGAAGUCCUCUACGGCCUGGGCAAGACCCGUCUGGACAAACUCAUGCCAGAUGUAAUCAGUACUACAGAAAAGACUGAGCUGGCGCCGCACGUGCGCGAGGGAUAUCUCAUGCUGUACAUAUAUCUACCUGGUACCUUUAAAGAGGAAUUCACCAAGUAUGUUGGUCCUAUUCUCUCCUCUAUCAUACAGGGACUUGCGGACGAGGUUGAAUUCGUCCGUGACACGUCGCUUCGUGCUGGCCAACGCAUCGUCAACAUGUACGCAGAAACAGCUAUAGAGUUGUUUCUACCCGAGAUGGAGAGAGGCUUGUUUGAUGAUAACUGGCGUAUUAGACACAGUUCUAUUCAGUUACUGGGUGAUUUGUUGUACAAGAUAUCUGGAGUCACGGGCAAGAUGAGUACUGAAGGAGAUGAGGAUGAUAAUUUUGGCACUCAACAUUCGAAUCAGAAAAUCAUCGAUGCCCUUGGUGUUGAGCGUCGUAAUCGUGUCCUGGCUGGGCUCUACAUGGGCAGAUCUGACGUCUCUCUGAUGGUCAGACAAGCAGCACUACACGUCUGGAAGGUCAUUGUUCCGAAUACUCCCCGAGUACUGCGCGAGAUAUUAUCGACUCUCUUCUCGUUACUCCUCGGCUGUCUUGCAAGUAAAAGUUUUGAUAAAACUCAGGUUGCAGCACGUACCUUGGGAGAUCUUGUCCGUAAACUAGGUGAGCGUGUGCUACCUGAGAUCAUUCCCAUCCUUGAAGAAGGAUUGAAAAGCGAGAAGAGUAACGAACGCCAGGGUGUCUGUGUUGGGCUGAGUGAGAUUAUUAGCUCUAUCAGCAAAGAACAGGUAACCCAGUACGUAGAUUCAUUAGUUCCCACAGUUCGCCACACUCUGUGUGACCCGCUGCCUGAGGUGCGACAAGCAGCAGCCAAGACGUUCGACAACUUGUACUCUACUAUUGGAGCCAAAGCUUUGGAUGAGAUUCUGACUGAUCUACUCGAUAAAAUGGAUGAUCCAUUAUUAUCAGAAUAUGCUCUGGAUGGACUCAGGCAAGUCAUGCAAGUCAACAGUCGCGUUGUUCUACCCUUCCUUGUACCAAAGCUGAUUGCUCCUCCAGUUAACGCCCGUGCUUUAGCCAUCUUAUCGUCAGUGGCUGGUGAUGCUCUAGUCAGACACCUCGUUAAAAUAUUACCUGCACUUCUCUACUCAAUACAAGAAUCAAUGGCUGCUGGAAAUGCACAAGAGGAACUCGAUGGAGCUGAGAAGCUUGUUUUGUCCGUUGAGAGCGAUGAUGGUGUGAAAAUAGUCAUCGAAGAGCUACUUGAAGCAACAAAGAGCAAGAACCCAGGCUUGACGAAGGCUGCCGUUAUACUUCUGUACAAGUUCUGUAGCAAAACCAAAGCAGAUUACUCACCAUUCAUCGGCACUUUGUUUCGUCAUAUCGUACAUCUACUGAACGAUGAGGAUGUUGAUGUUGUAGUCAACAGUUGGGAAACCUUGAGAGCUAUUAUUGAGGGCCUCCAGCCAACCGAACAGCUUCAAUACAUCGACCCAUUACUUCAAGCUAUCAGUUAUGUACGCGAUGAGGUCAGAGAUGGAGAAUUACCAGGAUUUUGUCUUCCAGGCAAGGGUAUCAAGUGUAUUCUGCCCGUGUUCCGCGAAGGCAUACUCACAGGAACCCCAGACCUGAAGGAAAAAGCAGCCAACGGACUGGGUGAAGUCAUCAAACUGACCAGUGCGGCUGCUCUCAAACCUUCUGUAGUCAACAUCACUGGUCCUCUCAUCCGUAUCCUUGGUGACCGAUUUAGCUGGAAUGUUAAGGUGGCUGUGCUAGAGACACUUGGGCUGUUGCUAGGCAAGGUUGGAGUCAUGUUGAAACCCUUCUUGCCUCAGCUACAGACAACAUUUGUCAAGGCGUUGAACGAUCCAAACAAGGCCGUCAGAGGCAAAGCUGCUUGUGCACUUAACCGACUCGUCAUACUCCACACACGUGUCGAUCCACUUUUUACUGAACUACAGAACUGUGUCAAGAACAAUGAAGAUAACGCUAUCAAGGAGACGUUAUUGCAGGCACUGAGGGGAGUGAUCAGUGGUGCUGGUGAGAAGAUGAGUGAAACAGUACGAAAAACACUGACAACAACGUUAUUGUCCUUGUUAGGACAUGGCGAGAAUAUCAUACGCGUUGCCGCAGGGAUCUGUAUUGGGUCCUUAGCCACUAUUUUAYCUGAUAAUGAACUAGAAAGCCUGAUUAGUGACCACCUCACAGUAAAUGAUCCUUCCGUCGACUGGUUCCUGCGCCACGGUCACGCCAUUGCCCUGUCAGCGGUGUUGCACGAUGCACCAGACAAGAUCUUGGCAUGUGGUCUGUAUGACGUCAUCACUGAUGCUGCUGUUACCCAUGCCUCGACGGACAGGAUCCCAAUUGGAAGUUUUGGUGUGCGUUCUCUGGGAUUUCUGCUGUCGCAUUCCAGGAAACAAUCCCAGAAACCAGCUGCGCAAGUGGUACAGACAUUAACUCAGAUUAUCCAGAAUGGCGCCACUGAGGUUCGCAGUCUGUCCGCGUCUGUCAUCAAAUAUGCUUCCAAUUCAUCAGACGAACCUUUUGAUAUCACGACCCUCAAGAGCCUAGUACCUGCCUUGAUAGUUUCUGCCAAAGAUAGGAACACAAGUGUUAAAGCAUCAGCUGAGGCUGCCCUGGCAGAUGUCUUGAAACUACUCUACGGUGACGACACAUUACAGACAUGUCGUAGUUUCCUGGAUAUUAACAAUGCUGAUCUGCUCAACGAUAUGUGCAGAAGAUCGUUAGUACGUAUUGCUAAUGAAGAAGAUUUUGGAAUAGAUGAAGUUACAAGCCCUUACAACCUGGAUAUGGGAUAAUUACACGAACACAACGUCAAAUUAUUCUUAGCACUGACAAAUUAGAUUAACUGAAUUUCAAAAUCGGAAUUGAUGCCGUUAGUUUCCUUAUAGAUCUAUUAAGUUGUGGCGUAUUUCCGGUUCCAACUGCUCACAAAAAGACAUAAGAUAAAGCAAAUGUUCUCAAUAAAAUAAAAUAUUCUGAAACAAUAGGGACCUUAAGCUGCAGGACGGCAACGUGGGCGACAACGUCUGCGAAAUUGAGGCGCUUCGCCGUUCUAUUGUAUUAUUAUUUCGUGUUUACCUAGUAUUUUACUCAAUAAGCACCCCCGAUUUAGAGUGAAAUGACGUCUUUUGUGAGCGCUUUACUCAUAAACGAAAAUCAGCAAAGAUAAGCUUUUAGCGUAGCCAUUCUCUUUAGUACUUAAAAAUAGGACAUUUCACGUCUUACUUUCAGCAAAAAAAGACAGCAAUGAUGCACAGUAUUUCGUACAUUCCAACGAGUAUCUAUUGAAUAGCGCAAUUAGUGCUAUUGUAUGUUUGCCGUCAUCAUCAUUGUUGCCAUCCUGCAGCUUAAGGUCCCUAAUUAGAAUAUUGGCAACAAAUCCUGUCAUGGACAAAAAGGAAGAAACAUAUUAAUGGAAAUACUUUUCGUUUUGGACCCGGAAAUCCUUUUUCCUUACAAUUGACAUUACACUUAAAAGUUCUAUUUCAGUUCCCAGUGCUCAUGAGUGUUGUAUUUUACACCCUCCCCUCCCACUCCUUUCACAAUCUACCAUAUCCCUGACAACUGUUGUUUUGUUUUUCCCCUCCUUUCAUACUACAGAGAGGAAUGGUAAGGUUUGGCUAUAGUUUUUUUAUGACAAGAUAUGAAAGACAACAAUAACUCGUUCCUUUUUAGGGUGCUCUGUAGUCCCUGUGUCUAGUUACAUAAUUGUAACAACAAAGUUAAAUUAAUCAGUUGGUUAAAAAAUGCUAUAUUCUUAAUGAUAAUUAGAAUUAGGCACCAGUCAUGAUUAAGGGGAGGUGGGUCGACUGAUACAGAGGAAGAUAACUAAAUUAUAAAAAAGAAAUAAUAAGUUUGUACAAGCAAAUAGAGUGACCACAGUAAAUCCAUGAAACACUAAUUACUAAAUAGUACAAAAUAGUGCUAGUUAAACAAUAGAAAACAAUGGAAUUUGCAUGAAAUUGUGCUAUUUAGUAUUACAAAAGUUUCACGGAUUUACUGUGGUCAGUCUAAGAAAAAACAGUGGAAAAGAUAAUGUGGGAGAUAAGGGCUAGCAAAAAUAGUGCCUCACUUUUGAUGUGACCAUAAAGAGACGGAGAGAAAGAUUGGUAUGGUAUUCAAUUUCAAAUUUUCUUUCGUUUGGGAUAUUUAGUACGACAUUUAUCUGUUAUCACCUUUCCCCGUCUAAUUAACCAUUUUUUAUUGUGAUUUAAUUCGUUUUGCGGCUAUUUUGCCUCCUCUGGCGACCAUGAUCCUUAGUGUCAAAACAAAAGAUUGUUUUGAUGUGACAUCAUAGUGUUAUAGGGCAAUUCAUUUUAGCUACAUUAGAAAUGUUAGGUUAUAUGGAAAAUGCUUUAAUGUCAAUUCCAUUCAGUCUCCAUAUCCAAUGAUGACACUGUUGUUCCUUUUCACCAAAAAGCUUUGUAAUUUUUAAAUCAAUUCCAUUGUACUCUAGAGAAUAAAGGAAAGUUAUCAGCAUCA